GCCGCACCGCACCGCACCGCGCGGGGGGCCAUGGAGCGAGCCUAGGGCCGGCAGGAAUUGUGGGAGGCGCUCCAGUGAAGAAAUGGACCAGUGUGCAUGAUCAUGGACUCUCCUUGCUGACCUGAAUCACCGCCUGCUCUCCUUGAUAAGUGAGAGAGUGAGUCAGGAGAGAAGGAGAAGAGGUCAACAUGAAGCUAAAGCAGCGAGUCGUGCUGUUAGCAAUUCUUCUUGUCAUCUUUAUCUUCACCAAAGUUUUCCUGAUUGACAACCUAGACACAUCAGCUGCAAACCGAGAGGACCAGAGGGCUUUUCACAGAAUGAUGGCUGGCUUGCGGGUGGAGCUGGUGCCCAAGCUGGACCACACCUUGCAGUCUCCCUGGGAGAUUGCAGCCCAGUGGGUGGUUCCCCGGGAAGUGUACCCAGAAGAGACACCAGAGCUGGGGGCAAUCAUGCAUGCCAUGGCCACCAAGAAAAUCAUUAAAGCUGAUGUGGGUUAUAAAGGGACACAACUGAAAGCCUUACUCAUACUUGAAGGAGGACAGAAAGUUGUCUUCAAACCUAAGCGGUAUAACCGAGACUAUGUGGUAGAAGGGGAGCCCUAUGCUGGUUAUGAUAGACACAAUGCAGAGGUAGCAGCCUUUCAUUUGGACAGGAUUCUGGGUUUCCGCCGAGCCCCCUUGGUGGUUGGCAGAUAUGUUAAUCUACGGACAGAGAUCAAGCCCGUUGCCACGGAGCAGCUCUUGAGCACCUUCCUAACCGUAGGAAAUAACACUUGUUUCUAUGGGAAGUGUUAUUACUGCCGAGAAACAGAGCCGGCUUGUGCUGAUGGAGACACGAUGGAGGGAUCUGUCACACUUUGGCUUCCAGAUGUGUGGCCUCUGCAGAAACACCGACACCCAUGGGGCAGGACUUACCGCGAGGGCAAACUGGCCAGGUGGGAGUACGACGAGAGCUACUGUGAUGCUGUGAAGAAAACAUCCCCCUAUGACUCAGGCCCCCGCCUCUUGGACAUCAUUGACACCGCCAUCUUUGAUUACCUGAUCGGCAAUGCUGACCGCCAUCACUACGAGAGUUUUCAAGAUGACGAAGGCGCCAGUAUGCUCAUCCUUCUUGAUAAUGCCAAAAGCUUUGGGAACCCGUCGCUGGAUGAGAGAAGCAUUCUUGCCCCCCUCUAUCAGUGUUGCAUCAUUCGGGUGUCCACCUGGAACAGACUGAACUACCUGAAGGAUGGUGUGCUCAAGUCUGCCUUAAAGUCCGCCACGGCCCACGACCCCAUCGCCCCCGUGCUGUCUGAGCCUCACCUGGACGCCGCCGACCAGCGGCUCCUGAGUGUCCUGGCCACUGUGAAGCAGUGCACUGACCAGUUCGGGGCAGACGCCGUGCUGGUGGAAGAUAGGAUGCCUCUUUCCCACUUGUGAUCGCACCACAGGAUAAGCGAGACUCCUUUUUACAAAGCGAGAGAAACAGCACAAUCACUUCCGAACGGUCUGGGGUGGAUCGGAAACGGCCGGCAGCAAGCUCUGGUGACAGGGGCGGGGGUCAGGGGGGCCUUGGAUGCCUUUGGCGAUUUCUGUAGGAGAAGCGAAAGCAAAGACUACAGGUGUCCGAGCACAGGAGCGUUGCUGCUGAACCACCCAGCGUCCCCGGCCUCGGCCCCUCCAGCGGCAGGCCUCCUGGCUGGUCCAGCCUCCCUCACGUGCCGCGGGACAGACAGAGGUGUGACGUUUGGCUAGGCUAAUGCUGGGAUUGGUUCCGGAGUGGGUAGUUUGAGUUCAUCCUUAGAAUCCUUUCUCCACUCGUGUGGAGUUUCUGAAAACACUUGGCCAUCUCUGGAGUCCUUUUUUCACCGGGACUAGUCCAACUGGGAAUUUGACGGCCUCCUGAGGAGGGGCAGCCAGGAAAACCUGGCCUUC